GCUAUAAUGCUGGUUUCGUCUCUCUCUGGUAGAAAGGGGGUGUGUUCUCAUCAGACAGCUGGAAAUCCCCGUUAGACUCAUAAAAGCGACCCAAAACGGCUUUGCAUCAUAUCAAAGCUUGCUGUUGAGCCGUAGGGUCCUUAAAAGAUGUAGGCACGAGCGUACGACUGGACAGCGGCGGGUUUAAAUGGGCAAUCUGAUGGGAAACUGGAGAUAUAAGGAGCCGAGCACUGUGGAGGAAUGCGACUCGACGUGGGAGACUGACUCCGAGAGCGAUGAGCAUCAGCAGCCGGGAGGAGAGGAGGAGGACAGCGGCAUAUCAGAGUCCAUCAGCCCGGCAGAAUCAAGCAGAGGAAUCGAGCAGCUGGAUCAUGAAUCGUCUCAGUUUGUUGAUAUAUUGGAGCCCUCCACCAGGAUGAAAAGGAGUUUUUACGCUGCAAAGGACUUGUACAAGUAUCGCCAUAGUUAUCCGAACUACAAGGAGCCUCGUCACCCAAAUGAGUACCGCAAUCUGAGGUUCUAUCUGAAUAAAAUACCCCUUGUGCCAGAUGGUAUUUAUAUUGAAGAAAUUCUUACUAAAUGGAGGGGAGACUAUGAAAAGCUAGAGCACAAUCACACGUACAUUCAGUGGCUUUUCCCACUCAGAGAGCAAGGCCUCAAUUUUUAUGCUCAAGAACUCACUCAGGAUGAGAUAAAGGAAUUCCAAAGCACUCGAGAAGCCAAGAGACGCUUCCUAUUGGCGUACACCAUUAUGUUGGAUUUCUUUGGGAUCAAGCUCCUGGAUAAAAAUGGGAAUGUGGCUCGGGCCUCAAACUGGCAGGAUCGCUUUCAGCAUUUGAAUGAGUCACAGCACAACUAUUUGCGGAUAACCCGCAUUCUGAAGAGCCUUGGUGAGCUGGGCUUUGAAAACUUCAAGUUGCCUCUUGUACGCUUACUGCUGGAGGAGGCGCUAGUCGAGGGCACUUUACCCAACAUGCGUCACAGCGCUCUGGAGUACUUUGUCUACACGCUGCGCCAACAUGCUCAGAGACGUGCCCUGCUCCGCUUCGCCCAACGCCACUACCACCCGCCCGAGAACUUCAUCUGGGGCCCUCCGAAGAAGAAGCAUGUUCCAGGUGUUUCUGGAGGAUGCCCAGGGACUAAAACAGGAAAGCCAGAGGUCAUGGACAAGAGCGCAGGCAAAGCUAGGUCACCUAAGGAGGGCAGGAAUUUGAAUCAGUUAGAGAGAGAGGCAGAGGAUACAGACAUGAUGAAGAGUUUAGACUGGAAAAUGGCUAAAGGCGUCAAGCUUCUGCAGGAGGGUAGGGGACGAAUAGAUACAGAGGAAUACAUUGAGACCAUUCCACUGUAAGAGCAAGGGAAAUUAUCCAGAUUAGUUUUUCUGGCUGAGCUUAGGAAGUUAGGAAGAUGAAUGGCACAGCAAUAUUAUUCCAUAUCUUGGCCUUGCUUUGUGAACUACUUGACUGUUUUUUGAGAUGUUUUUGAAUACUUAUCAAAGUAUUAGCUGAUGAAUUUAUCUACUGUACAGUAGUUCUUAUUGACGUUUGCAGCGUUUAUAGCAUAUGUGUGAAUAUAUACAGUGCUACAGUACCUGACAUUGUGUGAAAUAUUGCACUUUUGACUAUCCAGUCUUCCCUUGUGAGACAACAUUAUCUUUAGACAAUGAGACUGGCAGAAGUUUAUUGUACCCGAUACUUGUAGCUCCUCGUAAGAUGUAUAGUAAGUGUGAAUAUACUUUCAGGAAUUUUCAGGUAAUUUAGCUACCACGUAUGUUUGUAUAGAUGUGUGAGGUAACCACAUUAAUCCAGUUCUCUAACAAGUCUUGCAAUAUACAGUAAAGUGCCUCUUUUAUCAUGUGUCAUAGCAUACAGUAUGUGCAAGUGUGUAUGCUGUCUUACUCUAAUCAAACGUAUAUUAAUAGUGUUUGAGUGAGGACAAUCAGGGCUUUUUAUGGUCACUAUCUACCCAGAAUACAAAAAAAUGAGAGUUUAUGUUUGAUUUUGCUGAAUAGUACAGAUAAAGCUUGUAUGGUACAUAACGCUGCUGUUUAGGAGUACACACAGAGGGCUCGGCAAUACCUCCAUACUUCUGUAUCUUUGUGUGUGUGAUUGUUUUGGAUCUUUUUAGAUUAAACGUGAAAAGCCCAUAAUUUUAGAAAAAUACCUUAUAUUUAUUUCAAUUAUAUAUCUCUUUCUAUUCUCUAGCUUUGCUAUACAGUAACCAAACACAUUUUAGAUUAAAGGGAUAGUUCACUCAAAUGUAAAUUUACCAAACUGAUCAAAAGCCUCAUUGACUUCCAUAGUAGACACAAAGAAUAUUAUGGAAGUCAAUGGGGCUUCUGAUUGGUUUGGUUACAAAUAUUCCUCAAAAUAUCUUCCUUUGUGUUCAUCAGAACAAAUACAUUACAGCAGUGGUUCUCAAACUUUUUCAGCGUGCGGCCCCCCUUGUGUACGGCACAUUCCUUCGCGCUCCCCCAAAGAAAAUUUAUGACUAAAAACAGUUCUAAAACUCAACUUUUAAUUAAACAAAACAUAUUGAAUGAUACAAAGUAGUGCUGUUGGUUAGUAGCCUUAUUUUUUUAGGUUUAAUUGCACAGAAUUCAUGAUAAAUUAACUUAUUUUAUAAAAUGUCAUAAAACUGGGGCCCCCCUGGCACCAUCUCGCGGACCCCUGGGGGCCCCCAGUUUGAGAACCACUGCAUUACAGGUUUCUAACAACAGGAGAGUGAGUAAAUGAUGCCAGAAAUUUAUUUUUGGGAGCUAUCCCUUUAAACAAUGAGGGGUUCAACAUCCCCAUGCCUCUACUUUCCGUUUUUAUUUUGUCUCUUAAUAUGUGGACUCAGUGAACUUUAUUUACUGUCUACCCCCAUUUUUGCAUGCAAAAGAAAAGGGGCAAUAUUUUGCUCCAGUGAAUGGACAGAUAGUGUUUUAUAUCCUGUUUGGAAACAAAUAGCCAUCACUUUCUUUUCUCUUAAAGGAAUGUUCUGGGUUCAGUACAUGUAAAGCAGUUAUGGCUUAGUCAGUGACCAUUAUUAUAAUUUUGACUUGCCCCUCUGUAAAAAGCAAAAGCAGAAAUACUACACUGAUGCACUUUAAAUGGAAGUACAUGAAGGAAAAUAAAAGUUGAAAUAUUUAGUAUUGCUUACACAUUAUGCAUACUAGCAUGAGACAGGCUUAUAAUUAUUUUAUCCUAUAUAAAUAUUGUCCUGUGCAUGAUCACCUGAUAUGACUUGACCAUGAUAUCUUUUAUAACCAAUAAAAAGCACUGAUCCUGGUAACGUUUGCAAAAUUCACAUAUUGAUUACCAUAUAGUGGCUCUUUGUAAAUUGCUACUUAAAUCAUGCGAAUCAAACAAACAGGAAUUUUAUUUGUAAUGUAUAAGUUCAUCCACCUUAAAAGAAUGAUGAUGAUGAUUUAGACUACUUUGCAUUUCUGAUUUUAAACAGGUUUCCUGAAUAAUUCAUGGAAGCCUUCAAGCUUUAUAUAUUUUAAUUUUUAAUCCAGUUUGUCUCCAGUACCGUAACCAUUUUUUUUGUAGGACUAGCUGAAAUUACAGUACUAUCUAUAAAGUCAUUUUAUGUGGUAAAAAUACAAUAGAUGUACCUGUAUUGAACCUAGAACAUUCUUCUGCACAAACCUGUGGUUUUGAAGACUGUUGAAUUCUCUUCCAUUCAUUCCCUCAAGCCAGACAUUUCAAUCUUAAAAUGUAUCUUGUGCCAUACUUGUGAGGUGACAGUUUGACCGGUUUCAUGUAAAGCACCAUAAGUGUAUUUUCUAUGUAACUUUAUUGGUAUGUGAUGAUUUGUAAGGAAAUGUGACAUGUUUGAAAGUUCUUUAUAUCAUGGCCUAAUAAAGUGCAGCUCUUUGAAUUAUA